CAGUGUCCCAUUCACCGAACCCUAAUUGUCCGAGCUCAGUUUAUCAAACUCAGCUAGGCCAUUCUUACUGUUCUAACGUUAACUUCCCAAUAUGCUUGAAGAGGACAAUUUGCAACAAGAAACCAAUGUACCCUCUGAGCAAUCGCCCAAGUCGACAGCCGAGAUGCCACAUUCUGGAGAAUCGAAUCCUGAUAGCGGCUCUGAAGGCUAUGGGAGUCCAAAAGUUUCGGAGACGUCUGUGCACUCUGACAAAGUGUCGAGCCCAGAGUCAGCUAUCGAGGAUCAGCUAGGAGAAGUGCAGCUUUCGGACACAAUUCCCUCCAAUCACGUACAAUCGCAGUUGAGUACUCCAGCAAUGUUACAAGUUCCAAAUGACAGUGCUGAAGAUCAGAGUCAACCGCACUCUCAGGAGCAAGGUGAACAAGAACGAAGUCAAGAGGCUUCUUUGGAGCAAAGACUGGCGGAAAGUGUAGCGAUAAGCGCCCCACGAGUGUCAUCAGCAAACUCAGGAGCACCUAUUCAAAGGACCAGCUCGUUCAGCGCCAACCCGAUCAAGACAAGCAAAAUCAAUGCCAAGAAUAUCGCAGCAAAUACGCUGGGGCCUCGGGAACAGGAAGCUGCCGACGAACCGGUGUUACGAGGAAUACAUCAUCUUUUCAACAACCGCUUCACACAGGCUAAAAAGUUAUUCGAGGAGAAAGCAGAUACUGAUCCUCUCUAUGCGCUUGGAUUAGGCAGCAUGGCCUUUUUGAUUGCAGCAAUGAGCGCAAGCGAACAUGAUAUAAAUGUGGCACUGGAAACUUUGGCCAACGCAUACGCCAUCGCCAACGCACAAAUUAGCGCGACAAAGAAGCCAUUUUCUCAAGUAUUUUCUACCUAUUAUCGCAACAUGACUAGUACCGGCCUACCCAAUGGCCAACCUCCAACCACUCAACAAGACAUGCAAGAAGAAGCCCGAUCUCAGUCUGACUUUUUAUCCAAUGGCACCAUGCGAGCACAUGUGAUAGUCGCAGAAAGCUGUCUGCAAACUGCUAUUUUACAAUUACUCCAAGAAAGCAUCGUCAGCUACAUGAAAGGGGCUCUCAAUCUCAAACGAUCCUACAAGAGCUAUAAUUUAGCCUGGAUUGAGUACAAAAAAAUGGGGUCAGAAGCUCACAAGCUAUUGGAUGAAGACACGAUAUCUGGUAUUCAGUUUGGCAUUGGAUCUAUUCAUCUUCUGCUGCCUAUGCUGCCACCGAAAGUUCUCAAAGUUGUCGCGGCUUUUGGAUGGACUCCCGAUCGACCACUCGGACUCUCGAUGCUGAGAGAGUGUGCAGCUCAUAAGAGAGUUCGUGCUCCCUUGGCAGCAUCAAUGCUCCUGGCGUACUAUUCUAUAUUGACAACAUUUGCGCCUCAAGUCCUUGCAGCCGACAAUAUACAGCCAGCCAUUGAGAUCCUCUUGGAGUCACAGCAAGCGUAUCCAAACUCGUCGUUUUUCCUAUUCUUUGCCGGCUAUACUUCAAGAUUGACCAAGAACAUAACGUUAGCUACUCAGUCAUUCGAAUUUGCAAAAGAUAUCGCACAAGGAGAGCUGGCGGAGGUGGAAGUGAGAUUGUUGAGUCAGUACGAGUUAUGUUACAACUAUUUAAUGUCUGCUGACUGGACAAAGGCUGCCACUGCUUUUAGCGAACUGCAAAAGGAGAAGUACUGGUCUGAAGCUUUUUGCAAAUUUGCGUAUGGCGCUUGCUUGGAAAUUUUGGGUGAACGAACGGAUGCUAUUUUGGCGUUUGCUGAAGUUCCAAGCUUGGUGCCUGCUAAGGCCAGAAGCAAAAUGUCAGGUCUUGACGCCUAUGCCAUUCGAAAAGUCGAAACCUUCCAAGAAAGCGGAUACCAAGAUAUGGACCUCACCAUGACCGCACUGGAAAUCCUCUGCAUCAACAAUUUGUUCUGUAUGAUGGAAACGAAAACCUUGUAUGACUGCUUGAAGCAUGUAGACAAGGCUCUGGAAUGCAUUGCGGAUCGAGAGAAGCAAGAAUAUGAAAUUCGUAUGAGAGAGCUUGCCCCUGGCACCCCGCCGCCAAAUUACUUUGAUCAAAGAGGCACGCUCUUGCUCAUUAAAGCUUCUAUUCUCAAUGCCUUGCAUUAUUAUCGCGACAGCAUCCUCCACCUGAAUUGGAUUAUUGACCAUGACAUGGCCUACAAAAACGAGAAAUGGAUUGUCCCCUUCGCCUGCUGCCGGUGUCACUACUUGGGGAUUAGACGAAAAAUCAAAAAGUCUAGCGUUCUGGGACAGAGCUAUCUCGUAUGGCAAAUACGACUUUGAGUACCGUUUGACUUUGCGUCUCACUCUUGCAAUUGAUCGUGCAGAGGAGAUGGGAGUUCAACGACUUGCUCCUAAUCAACCAGAGAAGGGAUUGAGUACCAAUGGAAGGACCAGGAUGACGAAAUUGAAUGCUACUCCUCUCUCUCCUGACGAACCUGCUGGUAGCGAGUAACUUCCUGUUGCAACUUAUAAUCAUGCCGAUUACAUCGGCUAUAUAAUUUUUCAUGUAUCUUACCCUAUCCCCUUGGGUAUGGUGACAAAACGUAGGCGUAUUGACAAAUUUGAAAGUUUACAAUAAUGUUUUUAUGGAGAAGAAAUUACGAUUGUCAAACUG